CAAAUGGAUGACAAUGUUGUGCCUUAAAACAUUAUUAAAUUACUGUAUGAUAAAAGUCAGGAUAAAAAAUAAUAAGGAUGUUAAUAAUUAAGAUCAUUAGUUUGUUCAUGCGCAGCAAGUGGAAAGGAAUUACUAAUAAAAUAAAUAAUAGAAACUUUAAAAAUAAAAUUUACAUCAUCGUCUUAAUUGUAUCUAAAAAGAUAAGGAAUGUUUGCCAUAUAAACAGUGGCAGAAAUACUAGUGAAAGAAGUAAUUUAAAAUAUUAAUUUAAUAGUAUCCAUAAUUAGCUGAGAGAUGUGUUAAAGAUUUAACUUAACCAAUUUUGGAAUGCUUAAAUGAUAAAGAAGAUAAAGCUAGAUAAUAUGCUGUUGAAUGUUUGUUAUAAUUAACAAAAAUAAUGAAAACAAUGAUUCUUCUUAAUUUUAAUGAAAUAUUUGAAUAUUAAUUGGGUAGAUCAGCAGAAUAAGAUAAUUAAAUUGUAUAAGCAAUGCUUUUGUUGGAUGCUCAAUUAAAGACUCAGGUUUAAAUAGCUGUUUAGGAGAAACUUUAUGAACCAGGAAAACCAUGUUAUUUUAAUUUAAACUCUUUUAUGACUUAAUUAUAAAGUAAAUUGAAGACAAGAGUUACUUAUGUUAGAUAAUUUCUACUUGGAUGGAUAAAAGUAUUAAAUCAAUGUCAUAAUAAUGAUUUAUACAUUUAUUUUCCAAUGAUUUUAGAAGGUAUAUUUAUGAUGUUAGGAGAAUCAAAUAAGUAAAAUAAAACAAUAAAAUUAGGGAAGUUCGAAAUGGUGCUGAUGUUUAAGCAAAUGAAUUCAUGAAACAAGUAGAAAUCAAAGUGAAUAUGGAUUAAAAAGUUAAUGAAUAAAUUAUUGAGAUUUUACUUAAAAUUUGUUAAAUGAAAGGAAAUCAAAAUAAUUAUGCUAAAUUAAAUUCGUUAUUAUGGAUAUUUGAAUAUUUAAGAGUUUUUUAAUAAGAAUUAGAGGAAGAGCAAAAAGGAAAGUUGGGCUUACAACAUUCACCCUCUAAUGUAUUAAAACAAGAAGAAUAUAUGAGAAGCAAUACAUCUCCUAUUUCUAAAAAUUAAAUACAAUCAUAUUUUGGAGGAUUCGAAUCACCAUUAAGAAAAACAAUAUUAAAUAGUUUAAGUUAAAUAUUAGGUCCAAUUCUUAUUUUACUAUCACAUGAAGAAGAAGAAAUUAGAAAAGCUGCUUAAAAAACAAACGAAUUGCUAUUAAAAGUUAUGGAUAGAGUAAAAAAUUAAUCAGUUGAAUUUAUGAACAUUGUACCAACAAUUAAAGAGAUGUUAACUGAUAAAAAAAGCAAUACAGCUGAAUCUGCAUUAAUAUGGAUGAAACAUUUAUUAGAAAUAUAUUCUGAAUCACUAUUCCCAACAAUUGAAGACAUAUUAACAAAAGUAAUUAUAAUAAAAUAAUUAGUUAAUUGAUAAAUUGGCAGAUUCAGAAUCUGCAAUUGUUUAAAAUAUUAUGGAUGUAUUAGCAAACAUUUCAAUGCAUAAUUAAUAUUUUGAAAUAGUGAUUGAUAAAAUAUUGAUGAUGCUUCAUAAAAAUUAAGAUUAAUAGGAAAAGAAAGGUGAUUAAAUAUUUAAAAAAUUAUGCUCACUUCUAAAUCCAUAGUAAGUUUAUUUCACAAUAACUGCUAAAUUAUUAGAAAUAUAUUCAGAUAAUGAUGUUUUAUUUAUAAGCAAUACUGUUUAAGCGUUAACUAAUUUAUUAAUUUCAGAAAAAGAAUUAUAAAGUCUUAGAAAUAUACUUAGAAAUCUAAAACAUGAGAAAGAUGAGAAAUAAAGGUAGCAUAAUUAAGAAAUUUUUGAGACACUUUAUAGAACAUUCUGUUAUAAUUCAAUGAGUGUGAUUACUCUCUGUUUAUUAUCUGAAGAAUAUGAAUUGGCAUAUAAUAUAAUUAUUAGUUUUUCAGAAGUGGAAGUUAAUUAAUACAUUUUAUUAGAGAUAGCCCAAUUAAUUAAUGUUUUGGAAACACCAGUAUUCAUUUGUAAUAUCAAUAAAUAUUUAAGUUUUAAGAUUAUAAUUAUUGGAGUAUGAUUCUCACCCAUUUUUGAUGAAGUGCUUGUUUGGAUUAAUGAUGCUUUUGCCUUAAGGACCAGCUUUUAAUACACUUAGACAUAGACUGAAGAAUGUCUCUAAUGCAUAAAUUUAGUCAUUAUAAUAAGAUAAAAAAAUGGAAACAGAAGAAUUCUUGGAUAUUUAAAAAUUACUAACAUAAUUUAGAGAUAUUCGUCUUUAAUGUAUAAACUAGGAAUCAAAAUAAAAAGAUUUAAAUUGA